AUGUCGGCGCCUACGCACGUCGCGGGCUUCACCGUGCUCCCCGUCUCCUACUCCAAGUCCGCGACACACUAUAUCUACGCCCGCGCCCACCAGCCGCCCAAAAAGCAGCAGGACGAUGCGCUCCCAGCCGGCCGUACGCUCUUCCUCGCGAACAUCCCCCCCGACGCCACCGAUCGCGAAAUCAUCACGUUCUUCAAGCCGAGUGGGACGGUCGAGAAGGUCGUGCUCGACUUUGACCUUGCGCAGGAGGAGGCACCGGUCAGCAGUGAUAGCGAGGAUGAGAGUAUGAGCGAGGGGGAGGAGGGCGGGCAGGGGGUGGGCGAGGAUCAGAAUGCGGACGAGCGCCCAAGGAAGCGGAGGAGGAAGGACAAGAAGCCGCAGCCUCCGACUGUCGUCCCCCUCCCAGAGCCCCCACUGCGCAAGCUCGGCCACACAGGCCGCUCCGCGCACGUCGUCUUCCUCGAUGCAUCCUCCCUCGAACGCGCCCUCACCCCUCCCACAUCCCCUCGCCCCUGGCCCACCGAUCCCGACGCGCCGAUCGGUCUCGCGCACUAUACCGCCCUCUAUGACGCCCUCCGGCCUCCUCUUGACGUCGUUCGCGCACACGCGGACACCUACAUGGACCUCUACGAGUUCGAGCAGGCGCGCGCGAAGCGGAAGAGCAAGUACCGCAAAGGCGAGGCCAUCGUCGACGAGGAUGGCUUCACUCUGGUCACCCGCGGCGGCGCGUACGGGCAGACCCUCGGGGGCGGCGUCGGUGUUGCUAGCAAGCGCUUCCAGCAGACGGGCGAGGCGCGCUCAAAUCCGGGACGCAAGAAGAAGGCGUCGAAGGACAAGGCGGGCUUCUAUGCGUUCGAGAAGGCGGAGCGACAGCGGAAGGAGCUGAUAGAGCUGAAGAGGAAAUGGGAGGAGGACAAGGAGAAGAUCGAGAAGUUGAAGGCUUCGAGGAAGUUCAGGCCUUACUAA